AACCUUUGUGAUUGUUUAAGACCUUUGACCCCACACAACUUGAUUCACACUCACUCAACAACAUACGGGUCCCCCACACAGACAGAUAGACACGCACUUUACUCUCUUACACAUCCAUCCAUCGCUUUCCUUUCUCUUCCUCCAUCCCGUUACUCUCUCUAAUCCAUCCAUCCAUCCACUACUGGAGUGGAGUGAGUGAUAAAUUCCCCAAUUCUCUCGAAUCUACCAUAUCCAUCCAUGGAUUCCUCUUCAACUUGUUCUUCCUUUGAUCUUCUUCCACCAGCGCCUCCUCCUCAAUUCACCAGCCUCCUCCAACAACAACAACCACAUCAUCCUCCUUAUGCUGAGAUGAUAUACAAAGCAAUAGAAGCACUGAAAGAGAAAGAUGGAUCAAGCAAAAGAGCAAUUGGAAAGUACAUAGAACAUGUCUACAAACAAGUUCUUCCACCACAACAACAACAUGCUACCUUGUUGACACAACACCUCAACCACUUGAAAUAUGCAGGUCUUCUCAUCAUGAUCAAAAAAUCAUACAAACUACCUUCCUCACUUCCACCACCUCCAACUCUCAUCACCAGAUCUACUGCUCAAUCACAUCUCCCUUUCACUCCCUUAAUAACAACCCAACAAAGACCCCGUGGUCGUCCCCCUAAGCCCAAACCCCAACAACAACAACAACAAAAUAAUGUCCUCUUCGUUUCUCUCGACACUACUACUACUACUACUGCUACUGUACCUCCUCCUACAACAACAACAACUACCGUGGAUCCAGUCAGAAGAAGAGGCCGCGGACGUCCUCCUGGGACCUUCAGAUCUAAGACGCUCAAGAGUCCCGGUCGUCCUCCUAAGCCUAAAUCUGUCUCUAAUGCUGGCUUCAAACGACGUCCGGGCCGCCCUCCUAAGAUUCAAUCUCAACAACCAACUGUCAUUCCUUUUGCUGCUUCUAUUCUUCCAGACCACCACCAACCCACACUAUCAUCUGCUAGAUCUACCAGGCCCAGAGGCAGGCCCAACAAGUAUGCAGAUGAUGAUGCACCGGUUGUUGCCCCUGCGACUAAGGCCGUAGCUAGGCCCAACAAUUCCUCCCGAAGGCCCGUUGGACGCCCAAAGGGAUCAAAAGCUGCAAAAAAGCUUAAUGAUGAAGAUCUAAGAAAGAAACUUGAACACUUUCAAUCGAAGAUUAAGGAAUCUCUUGAUGUGCUUAAGCCAUAUUUUGAUAAAGAAAGUCCAGUCACUGCAGUUGCAGCAAUCCAAGAGUUGGAAAUGCUGGCAACUUUGGACCUUAAAGCACCAUUAAGAGAUGAAACACAGCAACAGCAACCACAGCCAUUUUCGGAACAGGAACAGCCACAGCCGGAACAGCCACAGCCUGAACAACAGCUACCACCUCAGCAACUGCAUCCCCAGCUAGUGACGCAGGCACAGAUUUAUGAACAGCAAUAUCUCCAGAUGCCAUUUCAGCCACAGGUGCAGCAACUUUUUCAGCCACAUACUUUAGCACCGAGCUAGGAAGAUUUACACGGGCCUCAAUUUACUUGUAAAAAAUCUGUAAAGCUAGUACUAGUAGAAAGUAGAAGCACUGAUUUUAUAAUAACCUAAUGACUGUGUUCCUUUGGAUUUGUUUUAUGCUCCUUUAGAUUAAUUGACCCCGGUAAUAAUAUUUAGAGACUAGAGUACUGAUGAUGAUUAUGUUAUUAUUCAAGUUAUAUUAAUUUAGUAUUAGACCGAUGCUUUCAUUGGAUA